UCUGCACCACCCUGGAUCAUACGUAACCACCAGCAUCCACAUAUGCCAAAUUAUCUCAGCAGAUUAGUUUAAACAAUUUUGAUUUUCUGAAAUAUGAGGACAUGGACGUAGAUCCUUGCAAAUGAAGGAUUCAGAAUACAGUUUUGACUUUGGUUCACAGUCACUUUUCACAGUCAACUAUCUUUUGCUAUCUUUUCGUUUUGCAUUCAUCACUCAUCACUUUUACUAUCUUUUCUAUUAUUUUUAACCUAGUAUUUUUACCAGAUAUUCUAAUAUUUUUCAAGUACUCGUGUGAAACAUUUUUCACGCAACACUUAAACAAACAAAUUAUUACAAUGAUUGUCAACGAAGAGGAGGAUCAACUUCAGGAACAUAAACGUUCACAAUAUACUGCUCUCCGUGAAAAAUUAUUGGCCGAUAUUCUUCAGAAAGGAGAUGACACUCGUCUCUCAAGGCGUUUACAGUUAGAAAAACAUCAAGAAACACUUGAAAGGAACACAUUUCAAGAUAAAGAGCUAAAAGAUAAGUGGUCUGAAAAAAAAUCAGUAGAACAACAUAAUAAAGACACUGAGAAAUUAAGGGCUGAUGAAUUUCUUCGGAGAGAAAAGUUGAGAAACCAAUUACGGCUUGGUACCCAAGAAAUUCGUGAUCUAGAAACUCAACUGAGAGCAUGUUACGUAGGAAAAGGAGUUCAUGCCCAAAUGAAAGAAAAGCAGCUUAAACAAAUCAGAGAAGAGAUUAGAGAAAAGGCACAUCUGGAGGCCCAAAUGGUGGCAUGGAAGGAGCAGGAAGAUGAAGAUAGGAAAACCAAAGAGGAAAAUCUCCGACAAAAGUAUGCCUUGCGAUUAGCACAACAAGAACAAAUUGUGCAAAAACAACAGCGCAAAAUUGAUGCAUACCGUACUUUUGUCCAGGAGAAACUUAUGUUGGAUGCAGCUGUACAAGAGCUCAUUGAAGAAGAUCGCAGGAACUCUAUUGCUAGAAUGCAACGUCAGAAAGCUUGUCAAAAAGAUAUUGAAAACUUCAUUGUUGCUCGAGAGGAAUGGAAAGAGAAGCAAAAGCUCCAGCAAGAGGAAGAAAACAAGCGCAUUCAAGCAUUUGUAGAAAUGCAGACUCAAAGAGAGCUAAAACUACAACAAGAAGUUCAAAGAAAGUGGGAAGCAAAAGCUCAAAUUAAUGAUUUUCUUGCAAGAAAACUUUAUGAUGAACAAAUGCAGGAUAUGGAAAAACGUCAAGUAUUUCAAGAGCUGGCAGAAGAAGAACUUCGGGAAGCCCAAGAGGCUCGAAUUCGUCAAGAACUUGUGGUUGCAGUUCAAAAGCGUAUUGAUUUGCGCCUUGCAAUGGCCCACCAGCAAAAAGAAAGAGUUUUACAGCUGCAAAGAGAAGGUCAAAGAGAACAGCAAAUGCGUCAAGAGAUGAUGGAGCAGAAGGCCACUCAAGAUCGUCUUGACCAACUAACUGCAGAGAGGCGGCGUAUCAAGAUUCAGGAACAUAGGCAAGCUGUUGAGAGGCUCCUCAAGGAGCGUAGAGUGAGGAGGAACCUUGAACUUGAACAAAUCAUGCGAGAUCAUGAAGCUCAGUUGGAAGAGGAAAAAGCAAGAGAACAAAUAAUAGAAGAAGAGCGCAUAAAUAUUCUUCAGCAACAUGCUGAAAAUCUUCUUGGGUUUAUGCCGCGUGGUCUUCUGAAAGAGAGUGAUAUUCAGAAAUUAGGAUCCAACUUUAAAACUUCAUUUGAAAACCAUGGGGUUGAGCAAGAUCCCUGCCUUUGAUUUAGUAUACUCCACACUUGUUCACUUUAGGGGAAAAGCAAGUGUAUGGUAAAACUUCAAUUAUAGUACAGUAUACUGUAUCUAGAAUUCAAAAAAGAUGUAAAAAAAAAAAAAUGUUUGUAUUCAAAUUGUUUUGUGUUAAACAGACUUUAUUUCAGCAAGCUAUGUUAAGUACAUAUAGGAAUCAAGACAAAACUAGAAAUUAUGAGAUUCAAUUUAUCCACAAUUCUAAAGUGCAAACAUUUGUCUUUAAUAUAUAAUAAAAACAGAAAACCAUGUUUUAAUGAUCAAGAAUUAAAUAAGGAACCAGGAAUUGCAUCACUAUCUUGUAGAACAAGGCUAUUUCCAUAACAGGGAUAAAUUUUUUAAGUUCAAACCUUACAAACAAAUACAGUAGUAAUAAUAAGUGUACUAACAUUUUCUGCUUCACAGCUAAAUGCAUAUAGUUUGAAUGGCAUUUGAAUACAACAGAUUUGUCACGUUCUUGGCAGCAAGUUUAUUGGAAGAGCAAUAUCAUGGCAAUAUUAAGAGACAUGACUUAAGUUUAACAACCUUCUCAGUCUAUUACUGUAACACAAACAGUCUGUACCAAUGAGCAUUCUCACAUUCCAACACCAGACAUAAGACAGAAAAUACUUGAGAAGUUUGAUUUAUUUUUGCCUCACCAAAAAUUAGGCCGUUUACAAUUGUAGUUUUGACUGGAUUUAGGUUUUCUGCCAGAUUCAUUCAAACUACCUACCUCUUAGACAGUUUUCUGACAGUCCAUAUGGGAAGAGUAGUGACACAGAUUCCCAAGGUUUCUGGCUCAGAUACGUAUUAUGUCCCCAUAAAUGCAUAUUCUUGGCCUGAUACAAUUAACACACAGCUUUUAUGAGGCAGCAGCUCAUAUCUUUCUAUUCUCCCUAUUUAAAGAAAUAAACUGCACAGAGGAAUAUAUAUAUAUAAAUUAAAAAAAAAUAA